CAUCCAGUGUUGACUGUUUCCGCUGCAGCCUGUACUUUGCCAGCUUCAAGUCAAAAUGAUCAAAUGUCGGCAGUGAGAUACGUCUGCAAAAGAAGAUGAUUGCAGGUACCUGGAUGCUGUCUUCAAAUCUCUAAAUUGGAAAAAUAAUCUCAACAUCCAUGGCAACCCUAGGGAACCCUCUUGCCUCUGUCCCAAUUAGCUCAAACCCCACCAUCUUAACUGCUAAUAACGAACAGAAAAGCAAUCCCUCCACAGUCCCAAUACUCAUUGACAAAUGUGCCAACAAAAAACACCUGAAACAACUCCAUGCUCAUAUGCUACGCACUGGUCUCUUCUUCGACCCUCCAUCUGCUACCAAGCUCUUCACUGCAUGUGCUUUGUCCUCUCCCUCGAGCCUCGAUUAUGCUUGCAAGGUGUUCGACCAAAUUCCCCGACCAAAUCUCUACACUUGGAACACCCUCAUUCGUGCUUUUGCUUCAAGCCCCAAACCCAUCCAAGGCCUCUUGGUAUUUAUCCAGAUGCUUCAUGAGAGCCAACGUUUUCCUAACAGUUACACUUUCCCUUUUGUUAUUAAGGCUGCCACGGAGGUUUCUAGUUUACUUGCUGGACAAGCUAUUCAUGGAAUGGUUAUGAAGGCAUCGUUUGGUUCGGAUUUGUUUAUUUCGAACUCACUUAUUCAUUUCUAUUCCUCAUCGGGGGAUUUGGAUUCGGCUUAUUUAGUUUUUUCGAAGAUUGUUGAGAAAGAUAUUGUAUCAUGGAAUUCAAUGAUAUCGGGGUUUGUGCAAGGGGGUAGCCCUGAGGAGGCAUUGCAGUUGUUUAAAAGAAUGAAGAUGGAGAAUGCGAGGCCCAAUCGUGUGACAAUGGUGGGAGUUUUAUCAGCUUGUGCAAAGAGGAUAGAUUUGGAAUUUGGUAGAUGGGCUUGCGAUUACAUUGAGAGGAAUGGGAUUGAUAUAAAUUUGAUUUUGAGUAAUGCAAUGCUUGAUAUGUAUGUGAAAUGUGGGAGCCUUGAAGAUGCUAGAAGAUUGUUUGAUAAGAUGGAGGAGAAAGAUAUUGUUUCGUGGACAACUAUGAUUGAUGGGUAUGCAAAAGUGGGUGAUUAUGAUGCGGCUAGGAGGGUUUUUGAUGUCAUGCCCAGGGAAGAUAUUACUGCCUGGAAUGCAUUAAUAUCUUCUUAUCAACAGAAUGGGAAGCCAAAAGAGGCACUAGCCAUUUUCCGUGAAUUACAGCUUAAUAAGAACACAAAACCAAACGAAGUUACACUUGCAAGUACCUUGGCAGCAUGUGCUCAGCUGGGAGCAAUGGAUUUAGGUGGGUGGAUUCAUGUGUACAUAAAGAAGCAAGGCAUUAAGUUAAACUUCCAUAUCACAACCUCGCUUAUUGACAUGUAUUCUAAGUGUGGCCAUCUAGAGAAGGCACUUGAGGUGUUCUAUUCUGUGGAAAGGAGAGAUGUGUUUGUAUGGAGUGCCAUGAUUGCUGGGUUGGCAAUGCAUGGGCAUGGGAGAGCUGCUAUUGAUUUGUUCUCAAAGAUGCAAGAAACUAAGGUAAGGCCUAAUGCUGUGACAUUUACCAAUUUACUGUGCGCUUGUAGCCACUCGGGACUAGUAGAUGAGGGCAGGUUGUUUUUCAAUCAAAUGAGGCCAGUUUAUGGUGUUGUGCCUGGUAGCAAACAUUAUGCAUGUAUGGUUGAUAUUCUUGGUCGUGCAGGCUGCCUUGAAGAAGCUGUUGAAUUAAUAGAAAAAAUGCCAAUAGUCCCAAGUGCUUCUGUGUGGGGUGCGCUACUUGGAGCAUGCAGAAUUUAUGGAAAUGUUGAGCUCGCUGAAAUGGCUUGUAGUCGUUUGCUUGAGACAGACUCCAAUAAUCAUGGAGCUUAUGUGCUCUUAUCCAAUAUAUAUGCCAAAGCAGGCAAAUGGGACUGUGUUUCUAGAUUAAGGCAGCACAUGAAAGUUUCUGGGUUGGAGAAGGAACCAGGUUGUAGCUCGAUUGAGGUUAAUGGCAUCAUUCAUGAGUUUCUCGUUGGAGAUAACUCUCACCCUCUCUCCACGGAAAUCUACUCAAAGUUGGACGAGAUUGUAGCUAGAAUAAAAUCAACUGGUUAUGUGUCUGACGAGUCCCACCUUCUACAAUUUGUUGAAGAAGAAUACAUGAAGGAGCAUGCCCUUAACCUUCACAGUGAAAAAUUGGCAAUUGCCUAUGGGCUUAUUAGGAUGGAACCAUCACAACCAAUUAGGAUUGUGAAAAAUCUUCGUGUUUGUGGGGACUGUCAUUCAGUUGCUAAGCUCAUAUCUAAACUUUAUAAUAGAGAUAUACUAUUGAGAGAUCGGUAUCGGUUCCAUCAUUUUAGUGGAGGGAAUUGCUCAUGUAUGGAUUACUGGUAAAUAAGGGUGGAAUAUGGUUUGAAGAUUUCACCUCAAUUCUCUACAGAAUGACAUGAUUCCUCAUUGUAGUCUGGGGAGGAAGCAAGAGUGAUGGGGUUGUAGGCGAACUGGGAGUUCCAAGCUGAAAAACUUUCAUCAAGUCUCCAGCACUUCUCAUGGUGUUUGCUCAGGGCUUCAAGCUUAAGUAAGAAAGAAGCAUCUUACUUGGAUGGUAUUUCUGUUUUUAACUGUGAUGCAAAGCAAAUGUAUGGAAAGUGAAAAUCCAGAUUUUGUUUUUGUUUUCUAGGUAUUUCUUUUCCCCAGCACGUUGUCAGUAUUGAAGUUUAAAACUUGGAAAUUAUAUUCUCGGUGUUAUUUUGUGCA